UGAAAUCCAUUAAUUCUGGACAUGUUUUUCUAAGUCUGGGACUUCUGCAUUUAGUAUUCUAAAAUUUGGUGUGCAAAAAUAAUUAAAUGUUUUGUUUCUUUUCCACAUUUUACCUUAAAGGGAAAACCUACAUGUUUUUUUGAAUCAAUGUUUUAUUUAUGUAUAUAAAUGUACACAUAAACAUAUUGCAAACUGAAACCGAUAGAUACAUUUGGGAAAAAAAUGCCCAUUAGUCCCCUAUUGGGUUUUCCUAACACUGAUGACGCAAAUGACGUCAUGGUUUAAUUGGUUGAGGUCUCACCUGCAGGUGCAGGUGGAGGGGUUUGAGUUUACCGCCCCGGGUCAGUGCUACAGUGAACUGAGUCAACGACUUCUUCAUGAUUUUAAAUGACCACGUUAGUCUUCUUUUCUUUCAAAUCGAGCGGCAGAAUCGCAAAGAAUGACAGAAAAAACACCUUUGUUGCACCACGGCCGGAACUCCGGAUCCGGUCCAGAUCCGCAGGUGUCCGACCUGACCGGGCUCCAGGGGGGCAGAGUGGCCGGGCGUCCGGCGGGCCCGAAGCUCGGAGUCAUGUUUGGAGUGGUCAUCCCAACCCUGCUGUCCAUGUUCAGCGUCGUCGUGUUUUUACGCGUGGGAUUUGUUGUGGGUCAAGCUGGACUGUACCACUCCAUUGCCAUGUUUAUGGUGGCGUACUUCAUCAUUACAAUGACUGUUCUUUCUGUUUGUGCCAUCUCUACCAACGGGGCUUUACAUGCUGGAGGCGCUUAUUACAUGAUCAGUCGAGCCCUGGGCCCUGAGUUUGGAGGCAGCAUUGGAAUUAUGUUUUUCCUUGCCAGCGUGUGUGCAUGUGCUCUUUACAUUUUGGGUUUGGUUGAGGCCAUCAUGACUACUUUUGGAGUACCAGAGGAAGAUGCUGCGGUUGCUGCUGGUCAUCAGGUGUUGCCAUCGGGGUACUGGUGGUGUCUGCUUUACGGCACCAUUCUGCUUUUUCUGUGCUUCAUUGUCUGCUUGGUGGGAGCUCACAUCUACGCCAAAGCCACUUUCUUGAUUUUCAUCAUAGUCAUGGCAGUCCUGGCUUCUGUGUUCAUUAGUUUCUUUGUUCUGGAGCCCACUGUGGUGAUUCUACCAGAUACUUUUCAUGUUAACAACACCAGCCCAGCCACUGCUAAUUACACUGGCGUCAGGCUCCGCACUCUGGAGGGCAAUCUAUUCUCUCAUUACACGGUGGACUACACCACCGGUGACCUGAUGAGUUUCGCCACUGUGUUUGCUGUCUUGUUUAACGGCUGCACUGGGAUCAUGGCCGGAUCAAACAUGUCAGGUGACCUAAAAAACCCCAGCUAUUCCAUCCCGAGAGGAACGCUUGCAGCCGUUCUCGCAACUUUCAUUAUAUACAAUCUCAUUAGUCUGCUGUCUGCGCUGACCUGUGACCGUUACCUUCUCCAAAGAGACUACAGUUUUCUGGGAGAUAUUAAUGUAUGGCCGCCAAUGGUGACAGUUGGAAUCUACUCCUCUGCCAUGUCUGCUGCAAUGAGUAGCCUCAUAGGAGCUUCCAGGAUCUUGUACGCUCUAUCAAAAGACAACUUAUUUGGUGUAUUUUUGGCACUUGCAAAGAAAACCGCUCGGAGUGGGAACCCCUGGGUGUCUGUGCUCAUUUCGUGGCUCUUCGUACAGGUGGUGCUAUUUGCUGGAAAAUUGAACACCAUAGCUGGCAUUGUCACCAUCUUUUUCUUGUUGGUUUAUGCUGCUGUGAACCUGGCUUGUUUGGCCCUUGAAUGGGCUUCUGCACCAAACUUCAGACCCUCAUUCCGCUUUUUUACGUGGCAUACCUGCACUCUUGGCAUCCUUGGCUGUCUGGUCAUGAUGUUCUUGAUCAGUCCCAUUUACGCUUUUGCCAGCAUAGUCUUCAUGUUGCUCCUCUUGAUGCUUAUACACUACCUGGGGCCAUGCAGCAACUGGGGCUACAUAAGCCAAGCUCUUAUUUUUCAUCAGGUGCGCAAGUAUCUGCUGAUGCUGGAUGCUCGAAAGGACCACGUGAAGUUCUGGAGGCUGCAGGUGCUGCUGAUGGUUGCAAAUCCUCGCAGCAGCACGCGCCUCAUGACUUUUGUUAAUGACCUGAAAAAAAGUGGUCUCUAUGUGCUGGGACACGUAAAGCUGGGAUCCCUUGAUGGCUUGCCUUCUGACCCACUGCAGAGCUAUUACGACUCCUGGCUGUCUUUAGUGGAUCAUUUGAAAAUUAAGGCAUUUGUAAACUUCACUCUGGCCGACUCGGUCAGACAUGGAGUCCGGAAUCUGCUUUUCAUUUCUGGCUUUGGCGGAAUGAGGCCAAACACCCUUAUCUUAGGCUUCUAUGAUGACUGCAUCCCUCAAGAUAACUUGUGCAGUGACCUGCUCUUGUCUGAUGAAGGAGUAGAUGCGGUCUGUCCGAUUAUAAAUUCUGGGCAGCAUCUUUCUCCGUUUUUCCCUGAUGUACGAGGUGCUGAAGAACCCAAAGAGCUGAGGGAAGAAGAAUAUGUGUCCAUCAUUGCAGAUGCUCUCAAAAUGGGAAAGAAUGUGAUUCUGGCUCGUUAUUUUAACCAGUUUGAUCGGCAAGAAGUGCUGGGUUUAGGGAAAGGGUUUAGAGAUCACCAAAAGGUAAAAGGGCCAUUCAUUGAUGUAUGGCCUCUGAAUCUGCUUCAGCCUGGCAGCCUUGGAUACGUCAACAUCUCCUCAUUAUUCCUGCUGCAGCUGGCCUCCGUGCUCCAAGAGGUCCGUGCCUGGAAACAAGCCAGUCUCCGCCUGUUCUUGUGUGUGGAGGCUGGUGGCAGGCUGCAAGAAGAAGAAGAAUUGAGGCUUCGGAGUAUGCUAAAAGAGUUGCGAAUAUCAGCUCAAGUGCAGAAGGUGGCUUGGGAUAAUGUUGUGAGACUGCACUGGCAAAGAAGAGGUGGGGAGGAAGAUCUGGUGGAGUACCCACAGACUGAUGAAGAGAGGCUGAGGCGGCAAAGUGAUAAGGAUGACUCUGUUCAGACCCGCCUCAGUGACGCUUCGCCCACGCCAGAUGAGUACAUUUGCGCCGUUAACAGUCUAAUAUUCCGGCACAGCUCUCCUCAAACUGCUGUGCGUUUCCUGCAUUUGCCCCACCCCCCAUCGGAUGCACGCCGCUAUCGUGUCUACCUGCAUCAGGUGGACUUGUUGAGUAGGGACCUUGGCCCGACUUUGCUCAUCCAUGGAAUUACUCCUGUCGUCACAACGGAUUUGUAGAUUAUCAGAAUCAAACUAUCCCCAUUUUUAUGUGCGUUUGUCACCGGAUUUCAACUACGGUUAAUCCCACAUUUAACAUUGAUCCUGGUUAUAUUUGCACAUUUUAUAAAAUGAAAGGAAAUUGACAAAAAGUUCUGAGCUGACCCAUUGAGAAACUUUACAAUUUUACUUUUUAAAAUAAUAAAUAAAAGGUUUGUCAGAAGUUGAUCAAAAAAUGUCUUGAGGUUCUUCUGUAGUUUAGGAAUUGUCACGUUUGAUGACAAUUAUCCAAAAGAAAGUCAAUGAUAUAACCGCACAGCUAUGGGAAGAAAUUAUUUUUAAAAAUGUAUUCAAAAUGUUUUUUUCUUGACAUAUCUGUGACGUAUGUUGCUUGAUUUGAGAAGAAUUUGAUUCGUUUUGCAGAGUACUGACACCCGCCCACACACUCCUGAACAGCAUGCAGGAUGGUGUGUUGUCACAGAUGGAGGCAGGGUUUGGCGCCAUCCAAAAACCUUGGCUGCCUAGCAUGUUAGCAUGUUUCUUAUGCUUUUCAUGCUCCAACAUUAAGUAAAAAUCACAAAGAAGCAACAAUUAUCAGAAGGCACUUGUGUCAAAGGUCUCUUUCAUCUUGAGCGGCCAUCAGUAGAGGAAGAAUGGAGUUAGCCAAGAAUUUGCAUGAAUGCUGAUGUAGGAAAAAUACUGAACUGUAAGAAAAUAAAUUGGUCUUUAAAUGCUUGAA